CGAACUUGAAGCAACUUGCGGGUUCAUCCCUCCAGGUAGGCACACGGAAUGGAAUUCAACGGUCACAGUCCAUGUUGUCUGCACUAUUUUCCCUGUACGGCCUCUUUUUUUAAUUUGAGAAUGGUGAAGAAGACGAGGACAGGGCGUUUUAAAAGAUUGAAAUGUGUUUGUGGGGGGCAUACAAGGGCCCAAGGGGAGGCCCAAGAAGUCAAAAUGGCCUUGAGGUGCGGGCAUAACGAAGGAAAAGCCCAACCCAGAGGGGGCCUGAGACCAUAACUUAGGUGGUGGGGCCAGACAUGACGUAAAGUGCAUGACGAUAAAAGGGACAACGGAGGAAACAGGAUGUGGGGUCGUGCGCUUCGAGGUUCAGAGCCUGUGUCAGAAUGUCGGGGCGCAUGGCAGGAGUAAAGUACGGUGCAUUUAAUGAGAUGAUGACGUGGGGCGGAUUUGGGGGGCAAUGAUCGACCCUACCCUGUUAUAAAUAGUGAAGUUGGUGGAGCUCAUUUACUCAGGUUGGAACUUCUCUCUAAAAACUACAUUUCACUUCUCUCUCUAGAAAGACUGUUCUAACUUGGGCGUCGGAGUGCUAACGAGCCCCAAGCGAGGGGCUCGUUGGGCGCUUUGGUGUGCAGGAACGAGGCGCGAGGUUGGAGUGAGUUCUUAGAAGGAAGGCGCAUCGGCCGUUAGGGACGUCGGGUUACGUGGCACAAACAAUUGACGCGCCAGAUAGGGGAAUAUAGCCUUGAAAAUAAAGGAGACCAUGGAAGAAGCGGCGGAGACGACAGGGGAGAGAAACCGCGCCCCCAACGAAGCGGGGUCGGAGGAGGUGCCCCGCUUGUCGGAAGAAGUGCAAGGAGGGGGAGACGAGGCGCAGGAGACAGCCCAAUCGGAGGGCGUCACGAUCACCAAGGAGCACUUGAUUCACAUAAUCGAGGACCAAGACCAGGCGCUCGAGGCAUUGAGGAAGGAAGUGUAGACUCUGAAGAAGGGGGGGGGGGGGACGCGGCGCCUCCCCCCAACGGAAGGAAGAGAGAGAGAGAGAGACGAGGACGAGGAGGGCAUGUCCAGUUCCCUGAAGCGCACAGAGGAGUUAGGUCAUCUGACCCGGCACAUGGCACCAGACUUCGACGAGCAUAAUGGGUGGGCGACGAGGCGCCUCUGGCGGCUCUGGGGAGUCAGGCAGCCGCGGGCACGAAGCGUUUUAGCGGAGCAGGCCAACUCGAUCAUACCGGCGCUUCCUAGCUAUGACGGCACGACCGAUCCAGAAGAUCACCUGAACAACUACUUCACCAAGAUGCAGCUGUACAAUAGCUCGGACGCCACGUUGUGCCGCGCCUUCCCGUCGACAUUCGUCGGCGUGGUACUAGACUGGUACCAUCAAAACGAAGAAGGGAGGAUCGAGAGCUUUGAGCAAUUCGCGGCCAUGUUCCUCUCAAAGUUUGCCAACCGGAAGCGCAGGAGCCUAACAAUUAGCGCAUUGUUCAAAGUCAGGCAGCGCAAAGGCGAGGCGCUCUGGGACUUCUACGAACGAUGGAUGUCGGUCGCGAUGGCAGUCAAAGAUGUCAAGCCCCCGGUCCUGGGGUGAUGUUUGGAUGAAUGCACCACCAGUAAAGAGCUUUGCCGAGC